AUGGGGUUGGAGACGCCACAAGAAUUGGAGCAAGCGGACGGUAGGGAAGCGUCAGGGCACCCCGCAUUAGUCGCGGGAGCGAACCAGUCAGGGGGAGAGGCGCCGCACCCGGCGAAUGCGGAGGCGAGAGCGGAGAUGGAGGCGGAUGAAGCAGCGCGGGAGAAGCAGAGAAGAAAGCAGAGUUCGACAGGGCAGGUGAUGGAGGUGCCGCCCAUGGACGAGUACUUGUGCCCCAUCUCGGGCGACGUCAUGGACGAACCCGUCACCAUCGCGUCCGGCCAAACCUUCGACCUCAAGUCCAUUCAAAAGUUCUUCGACGGUACGCGCCGCGCGAGAUUGCGAGGGUCAUCCGUGGAGCCGAGGACGGGGAGG